AUGACUACAGAAAGGAUCCCUGCAGUAGCAGAAGGAGGUGCAUUGACAGAAGUGCAAAAGAAGAAUAUCGAAGAGCAGAAGCUGAAAGACUUAAAGGCAAAGAAUUACUUGUUUCAGGCUCUAGAUCGCUCUGUUCUAGAGACAAUUCUCAACAAAGAAACAUCUAAGAGCAUAUGGGAUUCGAUGAGGCAAAAACAUCAAGGCGCAACAAGGGUGAAGCAGUCACAUUUGCAAGCUCUACGAAAAGAGUUUGAAGUUCUUGAAAUGAAGGAAGGAGAAUCUGUCAGUGAUUAUUUUGCUAGAACUCUUACCAUCGUCAACAAGAUGAAGAAAAAUGGGGAGAGCAAGGGAGAUGGUGAAGUGGUAGCAAAAAUUCUGAGAUCAAUGACUCCAGAUUUUAACUAUGUGGUGUGUGCUAUUGAGGAGGCUAAGGAUACAAGUCUCAUGUCAAUUGAUGAACUGCAAAGUAGCUUGCUUGUGCAUGAGCAGCGUAUGAAAAAGAAGUCUUCGCUAGAAGAAAUUCAGGCUUUGAAGAUUUCUUCUGGAGAACAAUUUGGAGGCAGAGUUCGUGGUAGAGGAAGCUCCAGAGGAAGAGGAAGGGGAAGGGGAAGAGGCAGCCAAACAUUUGACAGAUCUACUAUUGAAUGCUUCAAGUGUCACAAGUUGGGGCAUUUUCAGUAG